AUGAGGGUCACUUCUUGCUUCUUGCAUGGCCAGGUGGUGGCCCAGACAAGUGAAGCGGCCCUGUCCAAAGAGUGUAAAUGCUGCCGCCUGUCCAACGCCCGCUUGGAGCCCCUCGCCACCCUGGGCCACGGGAACCCAGCGCUCGGGUCUGUACGCGAGGGGGUCGUCAAAGUACUCGGGCCGGCGGUUGAGGCUCCAGAAGGGGACACCAAGCUCCAUCCCCUCAGGGAAGGACAUGCCGUCAAGCACCAUGCCGCCUGGCCCAGCGACACGGGGGGAGAUCCCGGGUAA